UUUUUUUUCCCUCUCAUAUCCAUUUUAUUUUAUUCUUUUUUCUUUUAUUUUCACUUUACCCUCAUAUACCACUUUCUAAUGUCUGGUCAUGUUAUCUACGCGUGUCCUUGCCUUAAUAUCAAGAUACAUUUAUCAAGUAAAUAUUCUUUGAAACAUCAUGCUACAGAACGACAACAAUAUUGGUUUCAGGAAGCUCCUAUUGCUGGUUGGCAUUUUGAUCUUGGUAUGGGUGCUGUCGUUGCAUAUUCAAGUUUGAUUCAAACUCGUACAAGUACAUCUCAUCCUUGGAUGACCGUGGGAUGUCUCAACUGUGAUUUGAAAAACGUAUAUUCCGUUUAUAGCAAAAUGUCUAAUAGGUCUUCUUCUGGCUCCUUAUUGGUUGGUCAAUCUGAUGAAUCUGUUGUUAUUCACGAAGGUACUCUAUUUGGUAGUCAAUUAGAUGAUGUUAGAAAUGAUGAUCAAUUCUCCACGAUUUUCGACAUUAAACUCAGCAAUUUGAUAUCACCUGCUACCAUUACACAUCAAAAUGAAGUUCCAGAAAAGCUACGUGCUCAACAUCAAGAAUUGCGUCAAGUAUUGGAAAAAGCUUUGGAUAAAAUGCGACUGGCUUCUGAAGUACGUAUUGAACAAUGGAAACGGGUUGAAAUGGAACGUUUGGAAGAAGAUACAAAAAAGGCCAAGGAAGAAAGCAGCAAACUUUGGCAAAAAGUGCUUUCGGUGAACCAUGUAGAAACUCAACAUCCAGUGAAAGAAAGAAGAAUCACCGGUAUUGAUGUCCCUGAAGAGGCUAAUACUCAAGAUGAACAAGUAUCAACCUUACAACAAACAUCAACAAUUGGCGAACCUGUUUUGACCUCUCAAUCUAAUCCUGCAACAAAUAUCAAAACAACAACCAAUGACUCAUCUCUCAUCUCAUCAACAUCUGAUAGACAAUCUGAAUCAAAAAGAUCUCAAUCUCACGUGGUACGUUUCAUUGAUAAUAACAGCGAUCCGACAGUAUCCAGUUUACCUAGCUCAUACCGCCGAUCCAGUUUUAGUCUCAAUCAAAGUGCUAUCACCAACAGCUUAACUCAACAAGAUAGUUUAUUAUUCUCAUUAUCGAAAGGUGAUGUACCACAACCUAUAAAUGAUUCAAGUUCUGAUGAUGAAGAUAUGUUUGAUUUGGAUGAAGAAUUACAAUCGGAUGAUGGAAUCACAGAAAAGAAAGAGGAAAAUAAACUUGACGACAAUACUGGUAGCGAAGAAGCAGCAACGACAGGUGAUCAAUCUGAUAAGAAUAAGUCUGAAUUCGAUAGCUAUGGAACAUCAUGGAUCAAGAAAAAGAAGUUUACUGGAAAGUACAUUGUCGAUAUUGGAAACGGGUCAGAAUUAAAUCAAGGGGAUGAUAAUGAUAUUACGAUGGAAACUGAUGAAAAUGAAGAUCUAUCUCAAUCUAUUUCCAAAUACGCUACAUCAAUGCCAAUCAACAUCAAUUCUGGUAUGGGUACUUUUAUUCCAUCACAUGAUGAUGAAGUUAUCCAACCUGCUAAAAUGGAUCCAACCAAUGUAUUUUAUAAGGCUAGACAAAACGACAAUGAUGUUUCCUCUCCUUUUGAAUCUCAUCUUACUAGCCAAUCGUUGGCACCGACAACCAAGGUAUCUGCAAGCAAAUCAUUUAUUGGUUAUGAUUUUUCCUUUUCUGAUCGUGCAUUGUCCAAGCAAUUCCCUGAUUACAAUCCUGGUCGACGAAAAUCUGUAGCAACUAUACAAGGCAGAAGACAACCUCAGUUAGAUGCACUUAUUGAAAAUUCAUCUUUAGACACUAGAACUACAAAGAAAUGAAUACAUAUCCUAUUUUUUUUGUCUUUUUUUUUUUUGUACAUAUGUAUUGAUUACAAAUAUAAUAAUAAAAGAAUGCCC